UGUGUUACGUUCGUAGCCCCUCGAAGUUGUUUACCAUCAAGCUCGAGUGUGUUCCUCUGACAAUUUCUGGUCUAUAAGAUUUGAUAAAAUACCUAGUACAUCAUGACCAGCAAACCACAGAAAAUGCCCAAAGUGGCAAAGGUGAAGGAUAAAUCACCUGCUGAACUCCAAAUCACAGCAGAACAGCUGCUUAGGGAGGCUAAAGAGAGAGAAUUAGAGAUUGUCCCACCACCUCCUCGCCAAAAGAUCUCUGAUCCAGAAGAGCUCCAAGAAUAUCGACUGAAGAAAAGGAAGGCAUUUGAAGAUAACAUCCGUAAGAACAGAGGCAAUAUCUCAAAUUGGAUCAAAUAUGCUAAAUGGGAGGAAGAGCAGCAAGAAAUUCGACGCUCAAGGUCUGUAUAUGAGAGAGCUCUGGAUGUAGAUCACAGAAACAUUACACUAUGGCUAAAAUAUGCAGAGAUGGAGAUGAGGAACCGUCAGGUGAAUCAUGCAAGAAAUGUCUGGGACAGAGCAGUAACCAUCCUACCUAGAGCAAAUCAGUUUUGGUACAAGUUCACAUACAUGGAGGAAAUGCUGAAAAAUAUUGCUGGUGGUCGUCAGAUCUUCGAACGCUGGAUGGAAUGGGAACCAGAUGAGCAAGCCUGGCUAACCUAUAUCAAAUUUGAACUACGUUACAAAGAAUUAGACAGAGCCAGAACAAUCUACGAGAGGUUUGUUUAUGUCCACCCAGAACCUAAAAAUUGGAUAAAGUAUGCUCACUUUGAAGAAAAUCAUGGCUACAUACAGAGUGCCCGACGUGUUUAUGAACGGGCAAUACAAUUCUAUGGAGAUGAUCACUUUGAUGAAAACCUUUUCAUUGCCUUUGCCAAGUUUGAAGAAGGCCAGAAGGAGCAUGACAGGGCAAGAGCUAUCUACAGAUAUGCCCUUGACCACAUGCCCAAAGAAAAGUGUCUCACUCUCUACAAUGAAUAUACUCGUCACGAAAAGAAGUAUGGAGACAAAUCUUCUAUUGAUGAUGUGAUCUCUAGUAAGAGAAAGUUCCAAUAUGAAGAAGCUGUAAAGGUCAAUCCCCAUGAUUAUGACACUUGGUUUGACUAUGUGAGAAUGCUGGAAGCGGAUGGAAACGUGGACCUCAUACGAGAGACUUAUGAGAGAGCAAUAGCCUGUGUACCUCCUAUAAAGGAAAAACGGCACUGGCGGAGAUAUAUCUACCUUUGGAUUUAUUAUGCAGUAUUUGAAGAACUUAGCACAAAAGAUAUGGAAAGAGCACGUCAGGUCUACCAAAUGUGCAUACGCCUAAUUCCACACAAAAUUUUUACCUUUGCAGAAAUUUGGUUAUUAUAUGCCAAGUUUGAAAUUCGUCAAAAAGACUUGGCAGCAGCAAGAAAAGCUCUGGGUCAAGCUCUAGGUAUGUGUCCCAAGCAUAAACUUUUCCGUGGAUAUAUUGACCUGGAAAUCAAGCUACGUGAGUUUGACCGUUGCCGCAAGUUGUAUGAGAAAUGGGCUGAGUUUGACCCAGAAAACUGCAAGAUGUGGAUCCAGUUUUCAACCCUUGAGGCCAUGCUGAACGAUGAUCAGCGCGCAAGGGGCAUAUAUGAGCUGGCCAUUGCUCAGCCCAGGCUUGAUAUGCCUGAGUACUUGUGGAAGUCAUAUAUUGAUUUUGAGGUGGAGCAAGAAGAAUGGGAUAAUGUAAGGAACCUGUAUGAACGUCUUCUAGAGCGUACUCAUCAUGUUAAAGUUUGGAUUAGCUAUGCCAAGUGUGAACAUUCAAUGCCAGUUGAAGAUAAUGUUGUCCAUGCAAGGGCAGUCUUCCAGAAAGCCAAUCGUGUCUUGCGCUCUUGCCAGGAAAAAGAACAGCGUUUAAUGCUGCUAGAAGCCUGGAAGGAAUUUGAAGAAGAAUUUGGAGAUGAUGCAAGCGCAGGAAAAGUGAAACAGCUGAUGCCCAGAAAGGUCACACGUCGACGACAGGUCACAACAGAAGAUGGCUCACAAGCUCGAUGGGAGGAAUACAUAGACUACAUUUUCCCAGAUGAUGAGGCAGCCAAACCAUCACUGCUCUUGUUAGCAAAGGCCAAAGAAUGGGUCAAGAAACAGCAGGAGCAAUCACAGGAGGUUCCAGAAGUCAGGGAAGAGAAAGAUGGUUAUGAGGAGUCUGCUGUUGUUGAUCCCAACUUGGACCGUGAUGACAGUGAUGUGGAUGUGGGUUCAUCCAGCAGUGAGUCUUCCAGUGAGAGUGAGGAAGAGCCUCAGGAGAAAGGAAUCAAAGGGAAAGUUAGAGAGAGAAAGAGAAAAACAUCCUCAAGUAGCAAUAGUGACAAGGAAUCCCCACCUGUAACUUCAAGGAAAAGAGAAAGAAGGAAAUCUUCAAGUAGUAGUAGCAGCAGUAGCAGUAGUAGCAGUAGCAGUGAAGAAGAUGAAAAGACACCCAAGAAAACAGAGAGAAACAGCAGUAAAAAUUCCUCUGAUGACAGAAAUGAAGCCAGAAAAGAAGACAGAAGAAGGAGUGAAAAAAGAUACUCUGGUGAUAUUCAUGAUGAAAGGAGUAGGAGCCGAUCAGAUAGGAAGAAAAGAGAAUAUAAUGAGAGAGAUCGACAGGAAGAAAGAAGGGAGAGGAGGAGGAGGACUCCAUCAGACAGAGACUAAAAACAGGGAUGUGAUUCAGAGGUUGAGGCACAUCUCAAAUACAUACAUUAAACACUGUAUUUAUCAAUUAUUUGAGAUUGAUUUAAAAAAUUAAUACUUUUUUACCAAUGCACAAGGAAAUGGUUGCUGAUAAAGUAUUUUUCAUGUAGGUUCAGCAAUACAGUUGAGAAAUUAAAAGUUUAUAAGUACUUUGUCAGUUUUCUCGUUUGUUUUAUUUACAUACAGACUGUUUUUAAUCCCUACAGCAAAUGCAGUUAUUUUUUGAAAACUAUGUUGGAUAUAUUCAGAAUACCAAUUAAAAACAACUAAACUGCAGAUCUUGUUUUUGUGGUAGUGAUACUCAACUUGUAUUUCCCCAUAUAUCCCAUAUGAAAUAUAAAUACAUUGUUGGUAUAAAUAUCCAAAAAAGGAAA